AAACUUGCGCAUUAGCAAGAUGCAGGCCAUGGAGAGGAUGGACCGGAAGUGGAACAGGGGACUGAAUAAAAAAGUAAAAUCAGAGGAAAAGGUGCCCAAGUCUGAAUCGAAGUCCUCCAAGCAGGACAGGGGAAGAGCUCGAUUUGUGGCCUCUGGAUGGAAGCCGGGGGGGGAAGAGGGCAAGCCAGCAAGGACCAAAGUCCAAGAGAAGAUGGAUAUCACCCUGCAGGCUUCGCAGGACUCUCGGAAACCCCUGAAGGUCCAGCUGAGAGCCCAGAGGCCCCACUAUCUGGGUGACAUGGAGAACGUUGAAAAGGAGAAGUCCACCCAGGACUACAAGACUGAUGAGGUCCCACAGGUGCAGGCCGAGGCACCAAGGGAGACGAACUGCGGUCAUGGAGACGCAAAGAUCAAUCCCCCGAUAGCCUGCUUGCCCCUGAGGGGAAAAAAGGCCUGGAGCCAGAAAUGGCAGGAUAUGAUCCUGGGAUGGACACCAGUUGUCCAGGACAACAUGGAAAAGCGCUGUGCACCCCUGUCAGGCAAAAAGGCCUGCAGCCAGAGAUGGCAGAACAUGGUCAUUCAGGGGACACCAGCCAUCCAGGACAAAACGAGGACACAGAGUCCUGCCUGUGAUGGUGAGGAGGAACCAGUGGAGGGAAGGGAGCAGGAGAUGAGCCUGGUUAAGCAAACAGAACUUCCUGUCCCUGUGGAAAUGAGCACCGAGUCCAGCCUGAACUGGAAAAUGAUGACUUGGAGGACGAAGUACAAACUGAAAACAGAGAAGGGAGAUGUCCAAGGAUAUUUUGCCGAGGACAAACAUCUGUCUCCAUUUGUAAUGGAUGACUACAUUUGUACUAGACUGGAUGACUGCAAUGUGGCAUCAGAAGACUACACCUGUAUCUAUUAUUAUUAUUACUACCGUUUGUUUAGUUGUUUUAUUAUUGGUCUUUAUUUCCCUCACUGAUAAAUCAAAUAAAGUAUUUUGGCCAAUAAAAGAUAUUGCUGAAU